AUGUCCUCGCCCUUUCUAUCUCCCUAUGCAACGAGCGAUCAACCCAACCCACUCCUCAUAGCCGUCCGCUUCUCCGCCUCAAUACCAGACCUCCAACUCGAGAUCUCAGACCCCGAAACCACAACUGGCGCAGGUCUAAAACAACUAAUCCGCACCGACCUACCAGAAGACCUCUCAUCCCAUCGCCUCCGCCUCAUCUACGCCGGCCGCGGCUUAGAAGACACAGCCGCCUUAUCAAUCUCACUUAAGCUCCCACCCUCCCCAUCCCGAACUCCUCACCCCGCAGACCCCGACCCCUCAGACAAUGGAAAAGGCAAGCAAGCAGUGCGCGACGCCCGCCCACGCCUCUACAUCCACUGCUCGAUCGGCGACGUUGCGCUCUCAGAAACAGACCUAGCAAGCGAAGCAAGCGUCUCAUCUACGAUCCUCCUACAGCAGAAGAAGCAGAAAUCCCACCCCUCAAUAACCACCAACGAACGCUCGCCUCUCUUCCCACCCGGUCCCAGUCCCGGUCAUGUCCAGCCCCCGCCUCAGACAACGCCUGCGCCCCGCGGCUUCGACCGCCUCCUCUCGGCGGGCUUCACGGCUGCCGAGGUCACCGCCCUGCGCUCCCAGUUCCUGGCCAUGCAGUCUGUUUCCCGCACGCGGGAUACUAUGCCCAGUGGUGAGCAGCUGAGGGAUAUGGAGGAUCGGUGGAUGGAUGAGGGGUCGACGGCUGUGCAGGCGCAGGUUGAGGGGGGUGAUGAUGAUGGGGCGGUUGGGACUGGGUCGCGUGGGGCGAUAGAUGAUAUGCUGUGGGGGGCUGUCAUGGGAUUCUUUUGGCCUGUUGGGUGUGCUAUGUGGUUGCGAAGGGAGGAGGGGGUUUGGAGUUGGAGGAAAGGGGUUGCUGUUUUUGUGGGUGUCAUAUUAAAUGCUAUGUUUGGGGCGAUGAGGAUUAUGGGUUAG